AUGUCGUUCCAAUGCUCCAUCUCUAACUCAGUUCACUACUCUCUCUGCGGCAUAACAUCAAACAACGUCACCACCAUCCCAAUUUCCACUCCCAAACUCAAAUGCAGCACCAUUAACAGAUUCAAAAUUCUUGCAAAAUCAAAUUCAGAUUCAACACAAUCCACUUCAACUUCUACAUCCGUUCUCUCUUUCCUUUGUCCCCUCCUCAAGCUUUUCUCUGGAGGAGAUCCUUCUGGACAACGUAAUUUUGCUUUGGAGUUAGCAACAUCUUCCUUAGCCAGCACAUCAAGGUUCGCAUGGGGAAGGAAGUCCAUAGUUGAGAGUACGAAGAACAAUGGGAUGGCUUCAAGUCCUCCUAUUAGCUUGCAGCUUUUUGAAUUUGAGGCAUGCCCCUUUUGUAGAAGGGUACGGGAGGCCAUGACUGAACUAGAUCUUUCUGUAGAGGUGUAUCCUUGUCCUAAAGGUUCUGUAAGACACAGAGAGGUGGUCAGAAAAACUGGCGGCAAAGAGAUGUUUCCUUUCCUCAUUGAUCAAAAUAAUGGCAUUACUAUGUACGAAAGCAGCGAUAUUGUAAAAUACCUGUUUGAGCAAUAUGGAAAAGGUAGAGGUCCAUCAUUGGGACUUUUAGAAAGCACUAUUUUCACCGGAUGGAUGCCGACAAUUCUACGAGCAGGUAGAGGAAUGACACUGUGGGAACGUUCUACAGUUGAACCUCCCCCUAGAAAGUUGGAGCUCUUCUCAUACGAAAAUAACCCGAAUGCUCGAAUUGUUCGCGAGGCAUUAUGCGAAUUGGAACUUCCUUACAUUCUUCAAAAUGUAGGAGAAGGAUCUCGACGAACAAAGUUACUCCUGGAUGCUUCUGGAUCUAAAGAGGUUCCUUACUUUGUUGAUCACAACACUGGAUUUCAAUCUGGUGAUUACAAGAUCAUCUUACCCUAUCUGUUCAAAACCUAUUCGUCGGCUAAUUAA